AUGGCUAGCCGCUACGUGACCAAGAACGGGCACACAAUGCGACGCGGACUUUUCUCGAAUAGUGUCUGGCAUUGCGACUGCGACCCGCGCAUGCCUGCCGACAAGUUCCAAACCAAAAACGGCGGCAAGAACCACGGACGCUGGUUCUACACCUGCCAAAAGCCACAACCGAAACGAUGCAAGUUCUUUCUAUGGGAGGACGAGGCCAAGGUCCGCGAGGAAGGCGCGGUACUUUCCAACUCGCGCACUGAGCCAGCAGACAUACGUCCGCCAAAGAACAUAGGCACACCAGCCAAGCAGACCAAGUUGCCGGCUCACCAGAUCCCCACACCCUCCACCAAGACUAAGAGUCCCCCUAGGCUGGAAGCAAUAGAACCACCUUCGUCCUCGCCAGGAAAUGACUUCGACGACUGGUCCGUUGAUGACGAAGAUCUAGCUGAGGCGCUCGACGAGUUCGAGACUCCACACAAAGCCGCCCGUACGAGCUACGACGAUUCACCCAGUAAAAAGCGCACCAUAUCUGAGAACUCCCACGCGUCGUCCGUGACCUUGCCAGUCCAGGAUGAGGACCCAUCCGAAGUCUACAGCACGCCAGCUACGAGCAAGAAGGCACCUCCAAGCCUCAACGACAUUCCUAGCAGCACAACAAGCAAGAUUCUAGGACCUCCGUCGACCCCAAUCACCGCCGCUACAGCCGCUGCAGACCCGGGCCCCUUGCCCAAUCAACCGACCCCAUCCCUUACAACCGAAAUCACCGCUCUGCUCAACACCCACGAGCUUCGUGCAAGCGGCACCGCCAAGGGCCGAGACAUCGCUCGCGCGGCACUGCAGACCAAAGACCUGAAGAUCGCCGAGCUAGAGGCGCGGAUCAAGGCGCUGGAGAUGGAGAAGGAGACGAUGCGGAGUGUGGUGGGAUGUUUGAAGAGCGAUAUCGCUAAUAGCCCUAAACGGCCGAGGCGGCCAAGGGAGGGUGGUGGUGAGGAUGACGGCAAUGAUAGAGGAGGUGUUACUGGUACUGCUGGUGGCGGUGGCUAUGGUGGUGGCAAUCGAGGCGGAGGUAGCAAGAGAGGUGGAGGACACUGGCUAAACAAGAAAUCUGGGGUUUCACGGGGUGGAAAGAGCAUAGUGUGA